ACCGAGAAAAUCCUCUGAUGGAGGUUCGUCCAGUGUAUUCCAAAAAGGAGACAAAAGAUUCCAAAUGGUCGAUCUCUCUCCACCCCUGGAAAAAAUGCCCCACGUUCCUACGCUUACAUGCUUACAUCCAUCCCGUCCCAUUCAGUUCACCUACCUAUAGCUACAACGCCGAAAAAAUGUGAAUGCGAAAUCUAUCCUACCUAUCGCGUGCGCAACUACUACCUUAGAUAACCUACCCUUUGCGUAGUAAGACGCCCAAAUAGCUCUAGCUAUCUCUAGCGAAAAGGGUCGAACAAUGGUGAACUCGUUAUCGGAUGAGGCGACAAGUGAUAGCACCUCUACUAAAAAAGGGAAUGGCGGCUCGAGACCCUCGUUUACCGACUACUGGAGACGCACCAAAGAGGCGGCGAAACAGAUUACGUUUGUGUCGAGCAACCUUGAGCAACAGGCAGGCCCCAGCAGCAAAGAUGACACCUCCCCUCACAACAAAAAGCAGUCACAACAAGAUAGCAGUAGUAGCGAUUCCCAAGCGAAAUCCCAAGCUCGCCGGGCCCAAGUCAGAAAGGCACAAAUCCAACACCGUCAACGUAAAGCAAACUAUACCAAGCAGUUAGAAAUGGACGUCGCGGAACUACGUGACUUGAUCGCGCGCGCUGAACGCGAUGGCAUGUUGUUGAAGGGCGAGAAUGAGGCUAUUCGGAGGAAAUUGUUGCGGGCGGGUGUUAAUGUGGGCGUGGGGGCGCCGAGGUUGGUUAUGCCGACUUUGGAUUAUGGACGGUUGGGUAUGGAAGCGGGAGGGGGAGGGUAUUCGCCGCAGUAUACGGUGAAUUUUCUGAGUGAGGGUGGGUUGGAUUUGGGGACUCCGGUGUACCAGGUGCAGAGGACGUCUACGCCGUCGGGUUCGUCGGCUGGUACGGUGGGUGGUUCCACGGGUGCGGCGCCGGGGGGUUCGGGGGGGAAGGCGGAUGCGGAUUAUGCUAUAAACUUCAUCUUAGGCCUCGAACACGUCUGCUGGGACCAUUUCCACCCCUCGUAUUACGACCACGACCAUUACGACCCAGAGAGCUCAGAAAACGGACACGCUCUCAUGGCCACUUCUCUCGCGUUACGGAGCGCUCCAGCGGGUGUAUGGGAGCAAAUCGACGCCGAGAAGAAGCGCAGGAAUUUACCUGACGAUCAUACCUCUAUCGUGGCAUCACAACCUCCUAUUAUCCCGCCGUUAUCCUUCGGUGGUGGUGAUAAUAGCAGCUAUAACAACACGAAUAACAAUAUAGAUCCCAACAUCCUCGCAUCCUGGCAAAUCUCCCCACCACCACCUCUCCCAUCCCAAACAACCACGCAAUCAAACCCAACUCCAACAACAGCGGCAGCUGCAAGCGCAUCAGGUCUAACCCUCGAAGGUCUAUACGGCCUAGCCUCAACGCUAACUCCAGCCGACGGCUCCGAGCUCGCGCCCGUACAAGCAUGGUUCGAAAUGCUCCGUCUCUACAGCAACAGCAGCGCGCUAACCGAUAUCUCCACCAUGGACCGCGUGAAAUCUGAACUAGCAUCCGUGGUUGAAUGCGUAUUCUUCGGUGCCGUGAUACAGCGUGGCGCGUUUGAGGAUGUGUUGGAGCGCGUACUUGGUCCUAUACCGGUGGAUGUUAGGACGUCGGGGGAUUUCUUUGCGCGGGUGGGGGAAGUUGGGGUGUAGGUUGGAUGAUGGGAGGGUGAUAGUCCCGGGGGAUAUGUGUAUAUACGCCAGGAGAAGAAAAUUAUAUAGGAUGGAAUGGGAGGUAGGGAGCGCUCAAUUUGAUACAAAAGGGCUUCGUUUAUGGUAACUAAAAGUAUAUAGCAAGAGAUAUUGCAUUAUGUUAUACUUAACAACUCGCUACCUGUACUGUUAAGUUUGUUGGAAGGUGGAUGUUAUAACGACAC